UCUUUUUUAAAUAUUCUACAGGCCACGGAACUGUAAGGUUGGUUUUUUUCCUGAGAGCGGGAACUGACUGGUGUUGGGGGUGGUCACUUAGGGGACAUCCACGGAACAGACAACACGUCAUUAUUAUCCUUUUCAACUUUGUUUUAUUAUAUUUAACCUGCCAAAAACUACUAGAGCAGAAAUACUUUCUUUUUCUUGUAAACAAGAUGGGACUGAAGUCAUCACGGUAUGCACACUGACGUGUUUUAUCAGCUAAUGGUACUGACUGCUUUCCCACACAACAAAAAGAAAGAUAAACUAAUAGACAAAGACCUGAUGGGUGAAAACAUAUGGAAUCGAGCAAAUACAGUCAAAUAUUACCAUAGAAUCUAGGUGCUGAGCGUAUUGGUGUUUGCUGUAAAGUUCUCUCAGCUUUUCUCUGUCUGCUGAUGCUCAAAACAAAACCAUUAGGAUAGAAAGGUUUAAAAAGGCCCUCUCUAAAAGGGACACCAAAAUGAGGCACGGGAACCGAAGCAUACACAGGCUAGAGGAUAAAAGUGCAUGGAGAGAAAAGAACCCAAGUGAUUUGUUUGAAACGCCGGGUGUUUCUCUUCCCCACGCGUGGAACUUCGCAGAUACACACCACACACAGGCGUCGGCACCCCAGGACAGAGCCGCACCCCUGGCUCUCAGCCCUCGGCCUCAUGGCGCCAGAUGGGAGAAGAGGAUGGCUUCUCUCUCCUGCUCUGAUUGAGGACUGAGGGGACCCACCUCUCCCCUUUCAACCAAGGAGAAACCACCUUGGUCCCCUGUGUCAUGCUAACCAUGACAGCACGCGGAGAAAGGAGAGGCCGGUCCCAACUAUUACAGGACAAGGGGUAAAGAUAAAGAAGGGGGGUACGGUUUGGAUUAGGCCACGAGAGGGGGCAGGUGAACCAUCCAGAAGCAUGUGCAGUUUUGGGGGGCAGUGGGGUGCACAGUAAGAGGGUCUCUGAGCUACGCUGUCUCUGGCCGAGCAGGAAGAGUGGGGAAGCAGAUGGGGUGCAGUUUGUCAUGGAUGCUGUCCCCCCGUUUGGGCUUGAGGAAGCCGCCCACAGCCGGCUGGCUUGCCAGCUCCUUGUAGCUUGCUCCUGUCCCGGGACCUCCACAGAUAAAUGCGACACUCCGAGCCAUGGCAUUGGCCACGUGAGACGUAAGCCAGCCCUGGAGCGUUCCGUGUACUUCCUGUGGCAGUCUGGCCAGUACCCGUAGCCCACAUGGGCUCAUAGGCCUGGACAACCUUGCUCCAGUUCUUGGCAUUAGCUAUGGUGGCCUUGGUUUGCUCAAAAGUGUCCUACUCAGUGACGCCAGAUUCCCUCUCAUGCAGCUUCUCCCCAGUGCAGGCGAUUAUGUCCUUUGGCAAGGGUGUGGGCCCCUUUCUGCUCAUCUGAAUUCCCAGAGACAGGCCUAUCUUCCAAGCACCCCAGGACGGCCAGGGGUGAUCCCCCGGGGAAGGCCCUGUUUGUCACUGGGCACCAGUUCUCCCAGCCACUGCAGUGCUGGGGUCUUGCUUCUGCCAGGCCAACUCCACGUGACGGUGGGGGACACACAAACUUCCUAGGUGUCUGCCCCAGCUUGGCGGCAUUCAGGGAGGUGAUGUGUUUCCCCAGACUCUUCUUACAGUUCUCCCCACCACGAAGAACUUUCUGAGGGCACCACGGUGUUGGAACCAACACACUAAAGAACCCUGUGUUGGGACUGAGUGCAGAACAUCCUCAAGACUCGCGGGAAUCUCAGAAGAGCCCAUCAGCUCAGCAGAACACUGCAGAACCGUUGUCUGAUUCAUCACAGCCAUGAGUGACAAAUCCGAAGGGAAUCUCCUUGAAGAGAGCCUGGUUCAGCUGAGAUGUCACUUCACGUGGGAGUUGCUAGUGGAAGCCACCGAGCUGCCCGAUUUAGAAAACAGGAUCUUGGAUGAGAUUGAUUUCCUGGACACCAGAUACAAUGCGGGGAUCCACAACCUGCUGGCCUACGUGAAACACCUCAAGGGCCAGAACCAGGAAGCCCUGGGGAGCCUGCGGGAAGCUGAAGCCUUGAUCCGGCAGGAACAGGCUGCCCAGUCAGAGGUGAGAAGCCUGGUCACGUGGGGCAACUACGCCUGGCUGCAUCACCGCAUGGGCAGGCCGCAGGAAGCCCAGGCUUACCUGGACAAGGUGGAGAACGUCUGCAAGAAGCUCGGGGCUUCCUCCCGCUACAGAGUGCAGUGUCCCCAGAUGGACUGCGAGGAGGGGUGGGCCUUGCUGAAAUGCGGAGGGAAGAAGAAUUAUGAACGGGCCAAGGCCUGCUUUGAGAAGGCUCUGGCAGUGGACCCAGAAAACCCUGAAUUCAGCACUGGGUAUGCGAUCUCCACCUACCGCCUAGACAGCUUUAACAAAGCAACACAGGUUAGCGAGGCGUUUUGUCUGCAGCCCCUGAGAGAGGCCAUCAGGCUAAACCCAGAAGAUGCGUAUGUUAAGGCUCUCCUUGCCCUGAAGCUCCAGGAUGUAGGCCAAGAAGCCGAAGGAGAAAAGUACAUAGAAGAAGCACUAGGCAACACGUCCUCGCAGACCUAUGUCUUCCGGUAUGCGGCCAAGUUUUACCGAAGAAAAGGCUGUCUGGAUAAAGCUCUCCGGCUCUUAAAAAUGGCUCUGCGGGCCACCCCGUCCUCUGCCUUCCUGCAUCACCAGGUAGGGCUUUGCUACAGGGCACAGGUGAUCGCAAUCAAGAGAGCUGCCAACUGGCAGCCCAGGGGACAGGACAGAGAAAAUGUUGACAGAAUGGCAAGAUUAGCCAUAUCUCAUUUUCAGUUUGCUCUGGAACAAAAGCCCACGUUUGAAGUUGCUUACAUACACCUGGCGGGCAUGUACAUAGAAGUCGGCGACUACGGGAGAGCGGAAGACACGUACCAAAAAGUGCUCUGCUUGAAAUCACUCGAAGAAGAAAAACUGCAAGAGAUCCAUUUCCACUAUGGUCAGUUUCAGGAAUUUCAAAAGAAAUGUGAGAUCAAUGCAAUUAUCCAUUAUCUGAAAGCAAUAAAAAUAGAGAAGGCAUCACUGUCGAGGGAUAAAAGUAUCAAUUCUUUGGAGAAAUUGGCUUUAAGGAAACUUCGUAGAAAUGCAUCAGAUGUAGAAAGCUUGAGCAUUCUCGGGUUCGUCUAUAAAGUCAAAGGAGAGAUAAAUAAGGCCCUGGAGUACUAUGAGCGCGCCCUGCGGCUGGCGGCUGACUUUGGGAACUCUGAGACAGAACCCCUAGCCAUGGAAAUGUGAACCUCGUUCACAUUCUGUUUGACUUUUAGGUAACUCUAAACUUAAACUCUAAACUGUAGUCAUUUUUUUCUGCUUGCUACUUUCAGAAACAUAUUAAGUAAUUAAGUCAUCUGCUAUAGUGAUAGAAGUUUUUAACAUUUAUACUCAAACCUUAUAAAAUAUUGUUAGUAGUCAGUAGUGAGGAGUGAAACAGAUAUACACACAUUUCUGUAUGUGAGAGUGAGAGGAACCAUUUCUCUGUUAAUGUUAUCUAGCAGAAAAGCAAUUUUUUGAGUAGAUUUGUAGCAAAUAUAGCAGUGGAUUUAUGUAAAAUAAAAUGUUUAAUUCAUUCAUUUUUAUCAACAAAUCAUUGUCAGUGUUAGAUACCAAAUAUGGUGAUGUGGGGAAGGAAAAAAAUCUUUUUACUCUACCUAUCUUAGGUUCACUGGCCAGGACCCCACAGUGAGACUUGUAAGGACAGAUGAACAAGAGAAAAACAGAUUUAUCAACACAUGCAUCUCACGUAUACAUGGGAGCACCCAGCAAUGAGUAACUCAAAGGGUGGUUUAAACCUGGACUUCCGGGGCACCUGGGUGGCUCAGUGGGUUCAGCCUCUGCCUUUGGCUCUGGUUAUGAUCCCAGGGUCCUGGGAUCCAGCCCUGCAUCGGGCUCUCUUCUCAGCAGGGAGCCUGCUUCCCCCGACCCACGCUCCCACCUCUCUGCCUGCUUGUGAUCUCUCUCUCUGUUAAAUAAAUAAAAUCUUAAAAACAAAACAAAACAAAAACCUGGACUUCCAGAGCAUUCUAAGAAAUGAACAUUACAUUUAGAGAAGGGAUAAGGAAAAGGAAAAGAACCUUGAGUUUCUAGUGUGGCAAACUAUAGAAAGGUAAAUAUAUGGGGGAAAUUAAUGGAAAAUAAGAGUUAGUUAAUAAGGUCUGUUGUGUAGAUUUCUCCAGUAGUGACUCUGCGCUGAUAAAGGCCUAGAGUUGUCUCAGGCAAUCAACUUCUCUCUCCAGGUGGAGGGGUCGAGAGGGUAAGAGGACACCUUCACAAAGGCAUGUACUGCUUUUAGGCAGAUAGGGGAUGGCAGAAAGUGUUCCUUACAUCUGCUUCUUCUCAGUUGCCUUCAGUUGAAAAUAAUCCACAUACCAAGUGCCUCAGUGGCUUAGUCCCUUAAGCAUUUGCCUUGCUUAAGGUCAUGGCCUUAGGUCCUGGGAUUGGACCCACAUCAGGCUCCCUGCUCAGCGGGGAGCCUGCUUCCCCCUCUCCCUCUGCCUCUCCUCCUGCUCAUGUGCGUGCGCAUUCCCUCUCUCACUCUC